AAGCACCUUUAUAUAAGAAGCCUCCUCUAACUCUCAACCCCCAUUCUUCUUAAAAACCCCAACCUAUUUCUCACUAGUUUCUUCAUCUUCAUCACCUAAUUCUCUAACAAAGCUUCCAACUUUCUUCAAUUUGUAUUCUUUCCCACUUCAUUCCAGGAUAUAUUAUGUGUAGUGGUCCAAAGAGCAAUCUCUGCUCUUCCAGAACCCUAACCGAAAUCGAAUUAAGGAAAGAAGAAACCAUGGGUCUCCUCGAAUUCGCCGCCUGUGAUGAUCUCCAAUCGUUCAAGAGAGAGAUCGAAGAGAAAGGUCUCGACUUGGACCAGCCAGGGUUAUGGUAUUGCAAACGGGUCGGGUCGAAUAAGAUGGGUCUCGAAGAAAGGACGCCUCUAAUGGUUGCUGCUAUGUACGGAAGCAAAAAGGUUUUGAAUUUCAUCAUCUCCACUAGAAAAGCCGAUGUGAACAGAGCUUGCGGUGAAGAGAGAGUCACUGCACUUCACUGCGCUGUCGCUGGAUGUUCCGUGAAUAUGAUUGAAGUCAUCAUCACUUUGCUUGAUGCUUCUGCUUUGGCUAACUCUGUUGAUGCUAAUGGGAAUCAACCUUUGGAUCUGUUUGUUCGGGUUUCGAGAUUCGUGGCUACUCCGAGGAAGAAAACCGUUGAGAUGUUGCUGCGAGGAGGUGGUGGAUUGAUCAAUGAAGCGGUUGAAGAAGAAGAAGAAGAGAUCAAGAUAGUGUCAAAGUAUCCAGCUGAUGCUUCUUUACCUGAUAUUAACGAAGGUGUUUAUGGAAGUGAUGAAUUUAGGAUGUAUAGCUUUAAGGUUAAGCCGUGUUCAAGGGCUUAUUCCCAUGAUUGGACCGAGUGUGCUUUUGUGCAUCCUGGAGAGAACGCGAGGAGGAGAGAUCCAAGGAAGUAUCCUUACACUUGUGUCCCUUGUCCCGAGUUCCGUAAAGGGUCAUGCCCAAAAGGAGAUUCUUGCGAGUACGCUCAUGGAGUUUUCGAGUCUUGGCUUCACCCGGCGCAGUAUAAAACUAGGCUUUGUAAAGAUGAGACGGGUUGUGCAAGGAAAGUUUGUUUCUUUGCGCAUAAACGUGAAGAGAUGAGACCUGUUAAUGCUUCAACUGGCUCAGCAGUGGCUCAGUCUCCGUUUAGCAGCUUGGAGAUGAUGCCGUGUUUGUCUCCUCUUGCGUAUUCUUCAGGUGUUUCGACUCCUCCUGUAUCUCCGAUGGCUAACGGUGUUGGCUCAUCUCCAAGAAGCGGCGGGUCAUGGCAAAACAGAGUCAAUACUCUGACUCCACCGGCUUUGCAGCUUAACGGAGGAAGCAGAUUGAAGUCGACAUUGAGUGCUAGAGAUAUGGAUAUGGAGAUGGAGAUGGAACUGAGACUCCGUGGUUUUGGUAAUGUUGAAGAGACAUUCGGGUCUUAUGUGUCCUCCCCAAGUAGGAAGUCUCAGAUAGGCCAAAGCAUGAACCAGCAUUAUCCAUCUUCCCCUGUGAGGCCAGCACCUUCUCACCAUGGUUUUGAUUCUUCUGCGGCUGUGGCUGCUGCAGUUAUGAACGCUAGAUCAUCUGCGUUUGCGAAACGCAGCUUGAGUUUCAAACCAGCUGCUCAAGCAGCAGCAACUCCAACGAGUCUCUCGGAUUGGGGAUCGCCGAGUGGGAAGCUCGAGUGGGGAAUGCAAGGAGAGGAGCUGAAUAAGAUGAGGAGAAGCGUUUCUUUUGGAAUCCAUGGAAACAACAACGAUGUAGCGAGGGAUUACAGGAAUGAGCCAGAUGUGUCGUGGGUUAACUCAUUGGUUAAAGACAGUGUGGUGUCGGAGAGAGGCUUUGGGAUGAAUGAGAGGGUUCGGAUAUUGUCGUGGGCUGAGCAAAUGUACAGAGAGAAGGAGCAGACUGUGGCGUAAACACACUAAGAAAAGAUGGGCUUUUAUAAUUGGGUUUUGGUCCAUCUCUGCAAUUUAAUUCUUUAAUUUUUGUAACUUUCUUUAAUUGUUACUGUUGUUAGUAUAUGGUUUGUAGUCGCUACGAGAAGAAAAGAUAAAAAGUUAACUGGACAAUGGACUAAUAGCUUUUUAGUCUCUAUAUUCGUUGAUUUGUGUUUUCUUUCAUUUUCUUGUAAUUUUAAACUGUGUAUGGUCAAGCAAUAAUAUAUACAUUAUUUA